UUCCUUCUGCGCUCCGCAGCUGCGCUGGGACGUCGCGGGCGGAAAAUUUUUCCUUGUUUCUUUUUCGCUGCAACAUUUUUUCCUCUUUUUUGGCUUCCGAGCUCCUGUCUCCCCACUUCCCCCUUUUCCGUCCCUCUCCUCCUUUGCAAACCCUCUUUUUUCUUUUUUCUUUUGGAAAGUAGGAAACUGGGGCAUUUGCUACUUCCCCACCCUUGCCGUGAGCCCAGGAAGAGUUUUAUAGCUGGAAAGUUUUCUUUCUCUUCUGCUGGUUGAGGGGAGGAAGAGACCCCCGUCCAGGAAACACGUCCCGGUGCCACUCUGGCGGGGCAGUUGCCCCCUCCCCUUCUCCUCCUCCCCCGCCCCCACUUGCCUCUGCCAGGGGAGGGGGGGCCUCGUUGAUUGAUUCUGCGCCCCAUCAUCCCCGAGCCCCGAGCGUUUGGGCUACGGGACAAGGAGUCGCCGCGCAGCUGACCGAGCGAAAGGAGAAGCUGAGCUUGGUGUUUUUUUCCCUUGCAAAGGAAGAAAGGACAGAUUAUUACUGAAGGCCUUAACAGGGCAAGUGUACCAAGUCAAGAGCAGGACACAGACCUAAUGACGAUACAACCAUGGAUGAGGAAGAAGUUCUUAAUUCUAUUAUGAAGGAUCUUGCUGCCCUUGGCAAAUGCGGUGGAUUUUUAGACAGCAACAGGAAUAAGAAUCAUUCGAACAAACAGUUGCGGAAUGCUAGGAUCAAGUUUGAGCAUGAUGGAGAAAAAAGGAUUAUCCAGUUCCAGAGGCCGGUUAAGUUCAAAGAUGUUUUGCAGAAAGUCAUGGAUGCUUUUGGGCAGCUGAUGGAUUUGCAUUAUGCGGAGAACGAGCUCCUGAUUCCCCUGAAAUCACAGGAAGAUUUGGAUCGAGCCGUGGAACAUUUGGACCUCAGCCCUUCUCUGAAAAGCUUGAGGGUGUUUGUGAAAACUCCAAAGGAAACAAAUCUCCUGCAACCCAACAACACCAAGCAGCAUGAAAUGAGGAUAUCUAAAUCCAUGGGAGAUAUACUAGGAUCUCUGUAUAAAGACACCGAGAGGACACGAAAGCAUUCAACAGGAUCUCUGCAUACCGGCAGGAGUUCUCCGCCUCCUGGGAGCGUUCCUGAAGAGCAGCAGCAGAUUGCCCGUCAGGGAUCGUACACCAGCAUCAACAGCGAAGGAGAAUUCAUCCCCGAAACCAUGGAGCAAACUUUGAUGGACCCAUUUAUCAGCCCAAAUAGCUCGCUUUCUAACAGUUGUCAGUCCCUGGAUCGAUCCGUAGACAGCCCUUCUUUCAGCAAAACUCAAGUUUCAAGAAGAAAAAGAGAAACCAAAGACAGCUUCGAGUGCCUGGAUUUCAACGUCCCGUUUUGCGACCGAGGAAAAGGCGGCACCUUUCCAAGGCAGUAUCAUCUCUCUCAGAGUCGCAAGGAUUACAAUGAUGGCCGCAGAACGUUCCCUAGGAGUUACGCUCCUCCGGAGAACAUGUUCCAGCUUCUGCCUUCCAGCCGAACCAAGAGUUUCAACGGAGAUAGCAAGUUGAUCACCAUGCGGUACGAGGAACGGGGGAACAACAAGUGGUGGCACAAUUGUGACAAGAUCUUUGAAGGCUUUAGUUCUCCUUCUCCCAAGGCGAGGAACACACUGCAGGCCCCGGUGAAUUGGAGGCUUGGGAAGUUGUUGGGCCGAGGAGCUUUUGGCGAAGUCUACCUUUGCUAUGAUGUUGAUAUUGGACGAGAGCUGUCUGUGAAGCAGGUGCCCUUUGACCCCGACAGCAAAGAGACCAGCAAAGAAGUGAAUGCCUUAGAAUGUGAGAUCCAGCUGCUUAAAACCCUCCGUCAUGAGAGGAUAGUUCAAUAUUACGGCUGUCUCCGCGAUCCAGAAGAGAGGAAAUUGUCCAUCUUCGUGGAAUAUAUGCCUGGGGGUUCAAUCAAAGACCAGCUAAAAGCCUAUGGUGCCUUGACAGAAAAUGUGACUCGUAAAUAUACAAGGCAGAUCCUACAAGGAGUUUCCUACCUCCAUAGCAACAUGAUUGUACACAGGGACAUUAAAGGUGCCAACAUAUUGAGAGAUUCUGUCGGGAACGUGAAACUAGGAGACUUCGGGGCCAGCAAACGCAUUCAGACAAUCUGUAUGUCUGGAACGGGCAUAAAAUCUGUCACGGGAACUCCCUACUGGAUGAGCCCAGAGGUGAUCAGCGGAGAAGGCUACGGAAGGAAGGCUGACGUGUGGAGCUUGGGCUGUACCGUGGUAGAAAUGCUGACUGAGAAACCGCCGUGGGCCGAAUAUGAAGCCAUGGCUGCCAUCUUCAAGAUUGCCACCCAACCAACCAAGCCUCAGCUUCCUGAUGGGGUUUCGGAGUACUGCCGCAGCUUCCUCAAGCUGAUCUUCGUCGAAGAAAAGCGUAGGCCCACCGCGGAAGACCUUUUGAGGCAUGCGUUUGUGACCUUCAGCCUCUAGCAGGCAUUCCUGUUGGAAAAAGAAGGAAGAAACCAAAGACUUCACGCCUGAAGAAAAGGCGUGAAUGACAACGGAGACCUGUGUGAGUCUCCAUUCAACCUCACUUGGGUUGCUUCUCCCUCAUCUGUGUAGUUUUCUUAUCAGGCCUCCUUGGCUGGGUCUUGUGGUGCCUUUAGGCUGAACCUCCAUCUGUCUUGAGUCUUCUGGAUCAGGGGUCUCCAACCUUGGCAACUUUAAGACUUGUGGACUUCAACUUCCAGAAUUACUCAGCCAGGAAAGCUGGCUGAGGAAUUCUGGAAGUUGAAGUCCACAAGUCUUAAAGUUGCCAAGGUUGGAGACCUCAGUUCUAGAUGAUCAGUGAAAAAGAGGUUUUGGCAAACGGUGCCAUUAAUAGAGCUGUGUGUGCCUUGUGAAUAUUGGCAGAUUCUCUGCUUAGGUAUCUUUCUGAGGAGAAUUGAAUGGGUUGGAUCAGCCCCUGAGGAACAAGAUGAAGGAAUUUGGUAGAUUCUUGACUAGAAGAACACUUGAGUAAAAUUGCUUUUCAGAACCAGCUUAGUUAUUGUCUGCCAAUAGGUAGCUUUGAAAGGGGAUCUUAGAGGAACCCCAUCUCCAGGAUCUUUUGAAAAAGGAAAAGCCAUGAUUCAUUCCUGUGCUUACAAAAUAAUCACCUUGAAUAAUUAAAAAAAAAAAAAACCCGCUAGAGAAAUUUAGGAGCAUAGAGGGCUUCUCCAAACCUUUGACCCUAAAAAAGGAAGGAAAAAACUUAUAUAUCCCAAUCACAUAUUUUGUUAAAACCGCAGAGGGCAGUUGUCUGCUGUUGCUAAAUUUCAUGGGUAAUGUUUAGUUUUUUUCUAAAAAUCACGAAGUUGUUAAAAGAGGGCAGACUCGUUCCUUGCUUCACCCACCAUCGUUGCAAAAGGAUAAAUUUAGUAUACCUCAGGCUUGAGGUCUGAGGGUAUCACACAAAAUUCUUCCACCAAAUAGCAUUCAGCAACUAUUUAACUGUAAGGUAUCGAUCGGCAUUAACUUUGUUAAUGGGCUGGGUGAAGAAAUGGAUUGAUUCUGUUACUGAAUGAAACGUUGCUCUUUCCCGCAAACUAAUUUGUGAUCAACUUAUUUAUUUAUUUAUUUUUAAAUAAAGUAGACACUUAUUAAAAACAACAACAACAACAACAA